AUGGCGACCUCAGAAGACACGUUCAUCGAUCAUCGCGCUCCACGAAGUGGCUUCAGCAAUGGCUACAUUGCCAGGGAACUAGGCGUGUCCAAGCCAACUGUAGUUCGUUGGAUACAGCGCUACAUAGAAACAGGAGAUACCAAGCAUAAGCUUGGAGCAGGCAGGCCUCGUUGCACAACGCCUGCUCAAGACGCAGCGAUCGCAAACAUCAUAGAUAAUGCCCCUUUUACUACGGCCCCAGCUAUCCGUCACCAAACUGGAUUGCCCUGCUCAUCGGAGACAAUUAGAAACCGCCACCACGAACGGGAUCUCCACGCUCGUGUGCCAGCAAAGAAGCCGAAGCUGACCGACCUGGACAUAGAACGCCGGAUGGAGUAUGCACUGGAAUAUGCAGAGAAGCCUGCCCCGUUUUGGGACAACGUUGUCUUCUGUGACGAGAAGACCUUUUCCACUGAUGAGAGAACGACGACAAGAGUAUGGCGCCACAAGAACGAACGGUACUACUACAGCAGGCAUGUUGUUGGAACCCGAAGAAGUGGCCGAGUUACUGCCGGGGUAUUUGGAUGGAUACACUCAGGUGGUGUCGGUGAGCUGGCAGAUGUUGGUCCAGGCCGCUUCACUGGGCGUAGAUAUGUGGAAAUACUAGAGGAGGUCCUGCUUCCAUCUGUGCAAGCCUUACUCUACCCUGACAACAUGCCAUUCCACCUGCUCCAGGACAACUCUCCCAUUCACACCAGCAAUGUGAGCUUGGCAAGAGACGUCACCUCCAUGACAUCCCUGACCGGAGCAGAGCAGGGGUAA